AUGUCUGAAUCAAAAUUUUGGAAGAUCAAACAACUUUUCAUUUUCAUACUGGUUGCGUUGGCUGCAAAUUUUAACUAUGGAUUUUCAACGACGUAUAUUAAUACUUCAGUGGAUCAGUUUAAGAACUUCCUGAACACCUCAUUAUCACAUCGCCAUGUGGUUAUGACCGAAACAAAAUAUGACAUAAUUUGGAAUUUAUUUCUCAACUGUUGGUUUGUUGGAUAUUUCGUUGGAGUAUGGUUCAGCCCGAUUUUUAAUGAUAAUUGGCUUCCUUAUCGGAAACUCGACAGCAUUUCUAGCGUCAAUCCUUCAAUGUCUAGCAAUUCUAUGGUAUUGCCCCGAACUAUUGAUAGUAUCCAGAUUUAUCACUUCCAUAUGCAUGGCUGUCACAUACCAAUCCUGUAUACUGUUCUUGCAGAAUGCUCGCCUACUCAUCUCCGUGGAAGUUUCUCAUUCCUUUCCGAAGUCUCCUAUUCCUCUAUGACUAUGGUUGGAAGCUUCCUUGGCCAGGACUAUAUUCUUGGAUCUCAUCUAUUCUGGCUAUGUUUUUUCGUCGUCCCAUUUUGUCUUUUUUUCACUCUGGCCCUAUUUUUGCUUCCGGAAACCCCAAAAUUUCUGUUGAUUUCCAAAGAUUCUGAAGAGCAAGCCACCGAAUCUGUGAAGUACUACCAUGGCGUGGAUUCAGAUGCCAAGCAAGUUUUAGAAGAAAUUCGGAAGGAAGCAGAGUGUGAAAAUGAUCCUUUAGAAGACUCUACAACUUUUCGAAAAAUGAAAGAGCUCUUCACGGAGCCCCAUUUGAGAAUGGCAUUGAUCUUAAGUGUAUCGGCACUUACGAAUACCGUCGGAUUGUGGGCGUUACUUCUAUCAUCCACGUUUUUCCUAGAAAAUGCCAACGUGGAAUCAGAAGUAGCCGAGUGGAGUACAACCGCGAUGAGUUUAGCAUAUGUGUCCGGAACGGUCACUGGAGGAAUUAUAAUUGAGAAAGUCGGUCGUCGGACACUUCUUCUCCUAUUCACUUUUCUUAACAAUUUGGCUCUACUCGCGUUUGUGUUUUUUGCGAAAAUUCGGAUUUUGAUUGACCCAAUGAAAUAUGGGUGUCUAGGAGCACUCAUAAUCUAUGGAUACACUUAUGGAACCGGUGUUGGCCCAAUUUCUUGGUUCAUUUCUUCUGAACUGGUGCCUCAAAAACAUCGAAGUAUCGCUCAAUCGGUUGCAUACGCCAUUAAUACCCUAAUGGUCGUUAUUAGCACAUUUACCGUACUCCCACUGUAUUCUGUAAUUGGAAGUUAUGCAUUUGUGAUACUGUAUUCGAUUCCUUCAUUUAUAAGUAUGCUUAUUUUGUUUAGGUAUUUGCCAGAAACAAAGAGACGGGAGAUUCAUGACAUAGUGAAUGAGUUGAAGAAUAAAUAG